UAAUAUCGGUUGAAGAAGAGAAGAACCUGGUGUUACAGAAAAAUCCUUCCCCGGGAAACACAAAGUCAACAUGUUCCAACUCUUGGCUACAAAACUGAAUUGGAGUUUAAAUUCAGUGCGAAUGUAACUUUUAUUUUUAAACCCCAGCACAGGAACACGGUGAUGGAUCCCCUGAACAGUCUCUCUAACUUCGAGUCAGAGAUGGAGUCUGAUGGACAGGGAUCUUAUUCCCUCUUCCCAGCUUUGGACAACAUCUCCAGCCUGGCUGGAGCUCCUGAGACCCUGGAAACUGAACCAUCAGGAGAAGUCGUCGACAAACCGAACCUCACGUGGCUCGACGCUGCUCAGAUCGUUCUGGAAGAAGCAGGACGUCCGAUGCACAUCAAAGAGAUCAAGCAGAGGAUCAUCGAUCGGGGAUUAGUGCAGUCAAAUGCAAAGUCGAGCCUCGAGGCUGUGAUGUACCGUGAGACACAGAAAGGGAGCAGGCGCUUCAAGAGGAUUGAGAACAGAAACGGAGUCUUUGCUCUCUUGACCGAUGAGGAGAGACAGCAGGCUCUGCAGGCUUUUUCUGCACAAUCGGCCUUCUCGAGCUCAGGUUCCUCUCUGCCCUCUGGUUCCCCUCACGGCCACUCAGAGCACAGGCCCAGGGCCAAAAAAGCUCUCCGCAAAAACCAGAACGAGAAGUACAGGCUUAAAUACCUCCGUCUUCGUAAGGCUGCACGUGCCAUGAUCUUUGAGAACGCAGCACUUGGUGAUGAGGUCGCCCACUUGGAAGAAAAGUUUGUACGGGCAAAAGAAGAGAGAAGGUUCUUGUUGAAGACACUAUUGCAGUACCAGUCUUUGGCAGAAGGUGAGCUGCUCUCAACACCCGGGAGCAGCGCUCACACUCCUGCCACCUUCAGCUCCGGUGCAGCAGGAGCCGCUAUCGUACCCACAGUCCAAAGCCAGGGAUCUGGACCUUCGGGGCCUGACGAUGGUUUUCUGAAGAAACCUAAGAAAGAACGAAAGGAACGAGGGAAAGAGAAUGGAAAAGAUGAAGCGACCAAAAAGAUGUCUAAGAAGAGGAAAGUGGCUGAGGGUGGAGUGCGUAAACUGGUCCAGCCCAUUCCACUGGACUCCUCAGGCAGGCCUGUUUUUCCCAUCGUAUUAGGAGGGCUGACUGUCUACAGUCUAGGCGAGAUUAUCACAGAUAGAGCUCAUUUCCAUGAUGAAAGCGCCAUUUACCCUGUAGGCUUCUGCAGCACGAGAGUGUUUGCCAGCAUGAAGAACCCAGAGCAGCAGUGCCUCUAUACCUGUCAGAUUAAAGAUGGCAAACAGGGACCACAGUUUGAGAUCGUGCCUGAAGAUGACCCACAGAACUCUAUCGUGGCCAUGUCGGCUCUGAGCUGCCAUACAGAACUGCUGAAAGCCAUCGCUGCUAAAAGCGGUAAAUCUUUAGCCAACAUCAUCCCCUCUGUUGCUGACUUCUUCGGUUUCUCAGACCCGACUAUUCAGAACUUGAUACAGAGCUGUCCUGGAGCUCGCAAGUGCAGCAAUUACCAGUGGGUGCGCUUUGAGGUGUGGAGACCAGGAGACGGACAUGCCUCUCACGCGCUGUCCGAUGAUGACGCGUCUGUGAAUUUUGAAGCUUUUCAGCGUCUGUUGCAUUGUGAGGACGCUGGAAGCAAUCCUGAACAGAGCAAUACAGCACAACCCACACAGAGCAGCAUUUCAUCUCAUCAGCACUUACUGAGUUCAGCAUCUCUACACACACCAGCAGGUGGCUCUCUUUCCACCACUUGACCUCACACCCGGCUACAAAACUGUAUAAAGCAGAUCGUGUAGGUUUGGUUUGUUAAACCGCUGUCGUCUUUUACGUACUGUAUAGUAGUUCAGUAACGUCAGCGCAUUGCUCACAGUGAUUGUGAACUACACUUAACGCAAAGCUGUUGUCUUUUUGUGUUACGCUUUAAUAGUUUUGUAUAUUCGUGUAUGUUUCUGAUUGACCUCACAAGUUGCCAUUAAACAGUUUUUUUGUAAAGCUAA